GCACAUUUCAGUUCACUUGCUAGUGACGACAAGUUGGUCAUUGUACGAAAGCAUCUCCGUUUGUGAUGGCCGGGAAAACCUUCGCUCUUUUGUGUGUUCUUCUUGUUGCUGCCUCGUGCUUCUACAGUGCUGAGGGAUGGCGACGUCGUAGACGACGCAGAAAUCCGCCACCGCCUACUAUCUGCUGCAGACAUUAUCUUGUUUGCUUUACACGUCUCGGUCGUUGCUAUAUCAUUCGCCACUGCUUCUAUUGUAACAGUGCAUAUGGAAAGCGAAGUUUGCCUAACCCGGAUGACGGCAUCAUUGAAUGUGUGCCGAGCGACUUAAGUGCAGUCGACUACAACAAAGACGGCCGAGUCAGCUACCACGAGUUUGUUGUAGCUAUGACACUCGAUGAAAAUAACAGUACAUCUAGAGACGCAUUUGAUGAAGGAGACGACAACGGAGAUGGAUAUUUGAACGCAGCAGAACUGCGAACUAUGGCGGCAGAUCAUCCGCACUGCCUGCAAGAACAACGUCGUUACCGACAAAUGGUUCGUGGUCAACUGCCAGGAAAUUUUGAAGAGUACGAUACAGACGGAAAUGGAGAGAUAAGCUGGAAGGAAUUUAGCGAUCAGUUAGACAAAGCGAACGAUGGAAAUAUACCUGUAAAUGCAUUUCGGACAAUAAUUGAGAAAAUAGCCGGAUCUGAUGACAUCAUUGACAAAAAGGACUUCGACAGGGCUGUAGGCGUGACCAUGUCGUGGUUAUUCAAACCAGGAGACGGAGAAGAAGGAGUUACGCAAGACCAAAUGGCAGAAGAAGAAAUACGUAAAGAAGAGGCUCAAUUAGAGGAAGACGACGACGCAGAUGAAGACGACGACGCAGAUGAAGACGACGACAAAGACAACGACGACUUGGUCAAAGACGAGAACGAUGACGACGACAAAGUUGACGCUGACGACGGCGACGAUGACAUGAAGGAAGAGGCAAGAAACGAAAGUGAGGAUGGUGAGAAAAAAGAAGAGUAGCGUCCGUAUAAAAGAAAGCUGUUUUGUACUCGAAUCGGACGAGAGUAGCAUAGACGCUCUGCAUGUGCGUGGUGCUUGUUUCUUGUUGUGGCAUAUCGUUUUCUCGUUUAAUGUUUAGUGCACAAUACAGAAAUAACUUC